AUGCCUAUUCCUAGUGUAUUCGACCGACUUCCCGAUGAACUCGUCACCGAGAUUCUUCUCCAAUACCUGUCCAGCCACACGCCAAUCCCUCUCGGCCGUGAUCAGCGAUCCAUGCACCUCCGAGCUGCAAUAAUGCUGGUCUGUACGCGCUUCAGGGACGUCGUCUACGGCGACGGUGCAUUUUGGCAAGGCGUUACGAUCACCAGCCCAGGCGUCAUGAAAGCAGCAAUGACGCGUAGUGGGACACGUCCCCUCUCCGUCGAUGGAUGCUUGGAUCGGCAAGACACUAGGGAGGAGCAAGCCCAGCUGCUGCUCAUCGCGGACGAGGCUGAGCGUAUCCGCUCGCUCAACUUGGUCACCUCUCGAGAGCUGCUGAGCCUGUGGAAAGUGGAGUUGCCGAAACUCGAGGUGCUGGCACUAGAGGACACCUCAGGACCUGACGCUGAUGACAACGAAGAGUUCGAUUUGCUGAAGUACUUUCGAAGCCCGUACCUCAAGAUACUGUGCCUUGACGGCCUUGCUUACAAGGACAUCAAGCCCAUGUUCGCUGAGACAAUUCAAGAGCUCGAGAUAUCAGAACCGCGGGGAGAUAUUACCGCCUGGCGGCUCUUGACGGACCUUCGAGCGAUGCCCAACCUGCGGAAGCUAACCGUCGCAUUCGACAUGGCGGAAGGCGCUGGCACACAUACCGUGGUGGAAUACCCACACCUCGAGUCUUUGACUCUGAAGAUGAGCGGAUUUGAGGAAGCCGAGUUCCUCAGAUACCUUGAUGCACCACGUCUGCUGGAAAUACGACUCAACAUCUUCGCAGAAUACGCAAUGACGUUCGUCGGCAUGAUGAUAGCCCGCAGGUUACUAGACCGUGUCGCAGCAAACCAGCAACUUGAUACAGCGAUGUUCCAUUCACCCGGUGCUAGACAGUUAUAUAUGUCGCUGAUGGCAGAAGGGGCCCCGAGGCGAGGGAUACAUCUCGCAUUCAAGAAAGUCGAGCACCUGAAGAGUCUUAUCAGCUGUCUCCAUUCAUUCUUUCUAGGACAAUACCUCGGUGCGGUUUGCAACCUCAUUUUACCCAAUGGGAAGAGAUACAUCGACGGUGCUGCGACCAGGCGGUACGAACUCUUCGAGGCCAUGUGUAACGUGCGCCGUCUUCGGAUCGAAGGUUGGGGCAGCAACGCGAUCAACUCAGGCCUGGAUUACCGGAGAGAGAAAGAAAAGGAAUAUCGAGCAGUGUUCCCCCACUUGAAGACGCUUGAGCUGGACUCCGUCCGGUUCUGGCAGACCAACGCAAAGAAAGGAUUCAUCAAAAAUCUGAUCAAGUCGUUUAAGCAUCGCAAGGCGCAACCGCUCAAACUCAUUACCGUAACCAACGCCGUCAGGUCCAAGGAGGGCGACUUGUCGAAGUUGCAAAAUUUCGCUGAGAAGAUCAACUGGGACGGCGUUGAGAGCAGCGCGGGAGGCAACAGCAGUAGCGCCGCAGUCUGA